GGCGGAAAUGUUGGGGUCAUUUCGGGACUCAUCAACGAAGUCACGCCGCCAUGGGUGGUUCUGUCCAUUGGGGCAAUCAUGAACUUCUUCGGCUACUUCAUGAUUUGGCUUGCCGUCACCGGCCGCAUUUCGAAGCCUCCGGUAUGGCAGAUGUGUCUGUACAUAUGCAUCGGUGCCAAUUCUCAAUCCUUCGCCAAUACUGGCGCUCUCGUCACCUGCGUCAAGAACUUCCCGGAAAGCAGAGGAAGCGUGUUGGGACUGUUAAAGGGUUACGUUGGCCUCAGCGGCGCAAUCUUGACGCAAUUGUACCAUGCCUUCUACGACAACUCAAAAGCUCUGAUUUUGUUCAUUGCCUGGCUUCCGGCCGCAGUGUCUUUCAUUUUCCUCAGAACGAUUCGGAUUAUUAAGAUCGUCCGGCAGGAAAACGAGCUCAAAGUUUUCUAUCACCUCCUCUACAUCUCUCUGGGUCUCGCCGGAUUUCUCAUGGUCCUGAUUAUAAUACAGAACAGGCUAAAUUUUAUGAGAAUUGAGUACUUCGGAUGUGCCUUCGUUGUCACCGUUCUGUUGUUCUUGCCGCUUGCUGUGGUCAUAAGAGAAGAAUUCAACCUCAUGAAAACCAAAAGACAAGCCCUGAAUGAUCUUCCUCAGCUCCAAGUGGUGUCUGAAAAUUCACCGUCUGCUGAGUUUCUUUCGGUCACAGAGGAACCAAAAACAGAGGCAGCGGCGCCUCAAACAGAGAAGCACGUUUCCUGUCUGGAAAACGUUUUUAAGCCGCCUAACAGAGGUGAGGAUUUCACAAUCUUACAAGCACUUUUCAGCGUCGACAUGUUUAUUCUGUUCGUCGCCACCGCCUGCGGUGUCGGUGGAACACUUACUGCAAUCGAUAAUUUGGGUCAGAUCGGGGCAUCUCAAGGCUACCCAAGGCACGCCACCACAACCUUCGUCUCCCUCGUCAGCAUAUGGAACUACCUUGGACGAGUGGUUUCCGGAUUCUCCUCCGAAGUGUUACUAACAAAAUACAAGAUUCCCCGGCCCCUGCUUCUCACGAUCGUGCACCUCAUCUCCUGCGUCGGCCACCUCUUAAUAGCAUUUGCAGUCCCAAAUUCUCUGUAUGUCGCCUCAGUGAUCAUCGGAUUCUGCUUCGGAGCCCAGUGGCCGUUGGUGUUCGCCAUUAUUUCCGAGAUCUUCGGACUCAAAAAUGUCAAUCCCAUUAGAGUACCCUUCACUCACACCUGCCAUCUCUGGGCUGGUCUCUCCACCACCAAGCCCACCCCAUCUGCUUAUGCUCGUUGCUUACCCUAAAAAUACGUAUUAAAAAUGCUCUUAAAAAUAAAUCUUAGUAUUCACGUUUCUAGAUUUCCUGCCUACAAAGGCAUAGGAUAAUAUGUGCAAAAGAGUAUUUUUAAAUAAAUUAUCAUGAGACUC